UAAAAUGUUACAACGGGUUCUGCUUCAGGUCUUGUUUACGUCUGCUACUGUGUUGGCGCGGAUUGUUGAUGUGCUCCUAUUUUUACACGUUGGAAACUUAUGGAUGAUAUUAGGCAGCGGGUUUCGCAGACAAACUCCCGAGAUGAGCUGCCACAGGGUAUGUUCCGUCCAUUCAAGAAGCCGUCACUUACACCGCUCGCCUGUGUCCUGCGGGAGUUCCAGCAUGUCACGAAGGACUCACGGGCAAAAGCAACAUUAUGGCUUGCAGUUUUCAACAUUGUAUGCUGUAGCUUACUAAUAUACUGGAGCCGUUCAUCGCGCAGCAUAGCCGUACAUGCAUUGGCGUAUCUUACUGUAUUUGACUUAGCCUGUCUGGGAAACUGCCUCCUCAGCCUAUGGGUCUUGCAGCAGAAGGCAAAUUCUACAUUCAGCUUUGGGUACAACCGCUUCGAAGUCCUCGCUAUUUUUGCAACGACCAUCUUGGCGCAGUUGGGAUCUUUCUUCAUUAUCAAAGAAAGUAUUGAGAGGAUCAUUCAGCAGCCUCAGGUUCACACGGGUCGCACUAUACCAGCAGCCGUUGUGGCAUUUGUGUGCCACACUGUCGUGACGUACACUACAAACCGAGCGUCUCUUGCCCACGUGAUCGCUGCUUCAAGCUCCAGCUGGCUUCAAGAACAUGUUGCUGAAGUGAGCCAGAGCGUGUGCCGUAUUGUCCCUGGACUUUCGCGCAUUCUGCUUCCGCGACUCAACCCGCUGAUGCUGCUUGGUUCGGCUGCAUGCGGCGUAGUGCUUCUGGCCCACUUCUUUAUUGAGAUCUACCAGUACCACACGGCGGACACCUCAGCAGCCGUCACAAUUGCUCUGAUGAUCUGCAUCACCAUGUAUCCCAUGACAAUAUACUGCGCCAAAAUUUUGCUCCAGACGGCUCCGCCACACGUGAUUGGUCAGUUAGAUAAGUGCCUCCGUGAAGCAUCCACUCUCGAUGGGGUGCUGGAAUUUCGUCACGAAUGCUUCUGGACUGUGUCAUUUGGAGUAUUGGCGGGCUCUGUUCACGUGCGGGUCCGUCGCGAUGCCAGUGAGCAACUUGUUCUGGCUCACAUUGUCGACAGACUCUCCAACCUAGUUUCGGAGCUCACAGUUCAGGUAUUUAAAGACGAAUGGGCUUGGACGUCGUCGACGUCGUUCCAUCGGCCCUACGUGCCACCGGACUCGGAUUCUAGCUCGGAAAAUCCAAAACGCCAGAUUUCUUCGUCCAUUUUAAAUAUGACUCCUAAUCUGGAUCUCAUGCAGCAGCUUCCGCUGCCGACCAGUUACACGAUUCCCCACGCUAACAGCUCUGGACAUCAUGGUCACUAGAACUCUUGCCAAUGCUCAGAAAAAGUUUGUGUUCCAAUCAUCGUCGUGCUGAAAUCAGCAAGCUUUCAUCCACGACGCCCACAGGAACCCCUACUGAGUCACGGCAGUGUUUAACAUUCCUUUGGGUGGUCGUCUCUCAGGAGUGUUAUGUGUGUUGGCAGCUUCUGAAAGCUUGCCAGGAAACUGGGACGCAAUUAGAAUAUGUCUGUGACACGACGAGAGAUUUAUAUAGUGCCCUUUGUCGUACUAUGUGAUCUUUAUUUUGAACUGUUGUACAUACCGUCUGAGACAGCACGUUUGAGUGAAGUGUAAAAGAAAUGGCUAAUGUAAAGAGAGUGAGAAUA